UUCCUAACUGACAAGUGCUGGAGCUGGUUAACAUGGGUUCAUCCUGAAUAUUUUCGCUGCUUCAGGAGCCACUAACUCUAGAGGGCUUUGCCUGCAGCAACACCUGUUGUACUGAUAACUCAAGUGAGGAUUCUGAAUCCAGAGAGCCUUCUCUCAUUCCCAGAAAUAUAAUGGCUGAACCAGAUUACAUAGAUGAAGACAAUCCUGAGCUAAUUAGACCCCAGAAACUAAUUAAUCCUGUGAAAUCAUCCCGGAAUCAUCAAGAUCUUCAUAGAGAGCUCCGCAUGAAUCAGAAAAGGGGUCUUGCUCCUCAGAAUAAGCCGGAGCUGCAAAAGGUGAUGGAAAGACGAAAAAGAGACCAAGUUAUCAAGCAACAGAAGGAGGAGGAGGCACAAAAGAAGAGAUCAGACCUGGAAAUAGAGCUACUCAAACGACAACAGAAAUUAGAACAGCUUGAACUUGAAAAGCAGAAGAUCCAGGAGGAGCAAGAGAACGCUCCUGAAUUUGUAAAAGUGAAAGGCAAUUUGAGGAGGACAGCGCAAGAAGCUGCAGAAGCUCAAGACUCCUAGAAGAAGGGCCCUUUCAGACUUGAAGCCAUUUCCCCAGUGGC